AUGUCCUCAAAAUCAGGCAAAAAUGGCAAGGUUGCCGACUCUCGUUUCUCAAACUUUGAGACCGAUCCCCGCUUCCGGCUGCCCUCGAAGAAGCAAACCAAAACGAAGAUCGACAAGCGUUUCGCGCACGCACUAAAGGAUGAAUCCUUCACAGCCGGCCCAAAGGUUGACCGAUACGGCCGGAAAGUAAAAUCCGACAAGAAGAAGAAGGCUCUCAAGAACUUAUACGAGGCGGAGGACGAUGAGGAAGAUGAGGAGGAAGGCGAGGGCAUGGAAGUCGAGGCCGACGACGUUGUCCAGCGCGAGCUCGCAAAAGCGGACGCCAAGUACGACCCUGCUCGCGGUGGCGGCUUCUCCGAGUCAGAGUCAGAGUCCGAAUCCGAAGACGACGAUUCCGACGAGGAAGACGCCGCUGUGGCUGACCCCAAAGCUUCCGUGUCGCGCCUGCGCGAUGAAGAGGCCCAAGUUGAGGAGGGCGAGGUCACGAACCGGAUAGCAAUCGUCAACCUGGACUGGGACAACAUCAAGUCGGCCGAUUUGUUUGCUCUUUUCCACAGCUUUCUGCCUUCAACUGGCGGGCGCAUCGAAAAUGUGACGGUGUACCCCAGCGAAUUCGGCAAGGAGCGCAUGCAGCGCGAGGAGUUGGAGGGCCCCCCGAAGGACAUCUUUAAGAAGUCGGAUGACUCUGAAGAGGAGGAGAGCGAGGACAGUGAGGAGGAAGACGAGGCGAUUAAGAAGGAGCUAUUGGAGGAGGGCGAUGCUGACGACUUCGACCACGAUGCGCUGCGGAAAUACCAGCUGGAUCGGCUGCGGUAUUUCUACGCCGUCAUGACCAUCUCGGAUAAGGCAACGGCGCAGAAGCUCUAUGAAGCGACCGAUGGCACGGAGUACCAAUCUUCAUCAAACUUCCUCGACCUGCGGUUCGUCCCUGACGAUGUCACAUUCGACGACGAGGCCAGAGACGAGUGCAACAAGUUGCCGGAGGGAUACAAGCCUGUCGAGUUCACCACGGACGCCUUGCAGCACUCAAAGGUCAAGCUUACCUGGGAUGUCAAUCCCGACGACGCCGCCCGCAAGGCCUCCAUCAACCGCGCCUUCACCGGCAGCCGCUCGCAGAUCGAGGAGAACGACCUGAAGGCCUACCUGGCCAGCGAUAGCGAAGACUCUGGCGAGGAGUUUGCGGGCUUCGAUGACGAGGGUGAGGAGGCAGAGGAGGAAGAGACCGAGAAGCCCAAGUUGUCCAAGAAGGAGCUCGCCCGUCAGAAGAUGCGAGAGGCUCUGGGCCUGGGCGCCGAGGAGGAAAAGAAGGCGUCCAAGGACGCUCCCGUCGGCGAGAUGGAGAUCACAUUCACGCCUGCUCUGACGGAGAGCAAGAAGAACCAGAAGCCCGAGGAGGAGGAGACGACGAUUGAAAAGUACAAGCGCAAGGAACGCGAGCGCAAGGAGGCGAAGCGCGAAGCGGCCCGUGCCAGACGCGAGGGCAAGCCCGUCGCUCCCGUCAGCGAGGAGGCCGACGAGGUCGAGAUCGAGGGCGACGGCGCGGAGGAUCUCGGCUUCGACGACCCCUUUUUCACGACCGAGGAGCCGGCCAAGACCAAGACGUCUGUCCGCAAGGAGGAGCGUCUCGCGAAGCGCGCGGUGCGCGAGGCCGAGGAGAAGGAGAAGGAGGAGCAGAAGAAGCAGCUGCAGCUUCUCAUGGCGGACGACAAGACGGACGCGGCGGAGCACCUGGACCACUUUGACAUGAACGAGAUUAUCAAGGCGGAGAAGGCCAAGAAGAAGAAGGGCAAGGCCGCGAAGCGGUUGGCCAAGAAGGCGGCUGCUGACGGCGAGAAGCUCGGCUUGCAGGAGGACUUCAAGAUGGAUGUCGGCGACGACCGUUUCAAGGCCGUGUUUGACAGCCACGAGUACGCUAUUGACCCGAGCAACCCCAGGUUCAAGGGCACCGAUGCGAUGCAGAAGUUGUUGGAGGAGGGCCGCAAGAAGAGAAAGGCUGGCGGGGAUGAUGAGGAUGUGCCCGUGGAGAGGGAGGGCAAGAAGGCGAAGAAGUCCAAGAAGGUUGGCGGUGACGACGAGGAGUUGAGCAGGCUUGUUGCGUCGGUGAAGAAGAAGGCGGCGAGCAAGGCUGGCAAGAGAUGA